AUGCGGCCCACGCAAGGAUACCUGGCACAGAACUCUCCAGAGCGCCACUGCCGGCGGUCCCCAGCCCCGGUGAGCAGCAGAGAUCCCUAUGGCAACGCCUCCCUCAGCAGCAGCAGCAACUCAGGGUCCUGCAAGGGCAGCGACUGCAGCCCAACAGCCAGGCGUAACGUGAAGUACAGUACGUCCUGCACAGACAACCACGGCAUCCGCCCCCCUCCCCCGGAGCAGUACCUGACCCCCCUGCAGCAGAAGGAGGUGUGCAUCCGACACCUGCGCGCUCGCCUCAAGGAGACCGUCGACCGGCUGCAGGACAGGGACUCGGAGAUCGAUGAGUUGCGUACGCAGCUGUCGCGCAUGCAGGAGGACUGGAUCGAGGAGGAGUGCCACCGCGUGGAGGCGCAGCUGGCGCUGAAGGAGGCGCAGGGGGAGAUCCGGCAGCUGCAGCAGGUGGUGGAGGCGGUGCGCUCCUCGCUGGGCUCCCACCCCGACGCCGCCCACCCCGCCAUGCAGCGGUGCUUCCAGGACAUCCACCUGCAGAACCACAAGCUGGAGACGCUGCUGCACAGCAUGGAGCUGGCCCAGACCGCCACCACCCACAACGGGGGGCAGUCGGGGGGGUCGUGCGAGGGCUCUCCCGCCCGCUCGCUCACCCGCAGCUCCACCUACACCAAGCUGAGUGACCACGCCCCCCGCGACCGGAGCAGCUGCGGCAGUGGCUGCGGGAGUGCGUGCGGCAGCACGAGUGGAAGCGUGCGCGGCGGUGACGAGCUGGCGUGCCUGUCGGCUGAGGGCACGCAGGACAGCGGCUUCGUGUGCUGCGGGGAGAGCGCGGCGGCCAGCCACGCCGACCUGCUGCUGGAGGCGGCCUUCCUGUCCAAGGAGACGGCGUCCCUGCUCAGCUCCUACCGCCUGCCCCACUCCCACUCCGCCACCUACGAGCACGUGGUGCCCCUGCGCUGUGCAGCGGGUGGAGCGGGUGGAGCGGGCAGUGCCAGCCACCCCUGCCUGUCGCACCACCACCUGUACCUGCACCACCUGCGGGAGCAGGGCAUCCAGACCGACCUCGACGCCACCCCUGCGUCAGCGCCCGCCCACGGGUACGGACCGCUGGCGUCGGACCUGGACACCAUCGCCGAGCAGCGCACCUUCCGCUCGCAGGCCUGCAGCCCCACCUCCACCUGGUGCUCGGACGAGGGCGACGAGCUGGACCUCACCACCGUGUCCGUCACCACGACGACCGUGACGGCCACCACCACCGCCCCCGAGGCCGCCUCAGUGCUGCUGCCCGUCGACCCCCCAGAAGAGCCGCCGCUGCCUCUGGACCCCCCUGACCGGCCCGCACCCCCCGGCCCCCCCUCCUCCUCCUCCUCCACACCCCCGCCCACCCCAGCAGGCAGGGAGGGGUCAGUCUCAGACGUCUCUCAGGAGCCCAGGGAGGGAUCAAGGGAGGGGUCAGUCUCAGACGUCUUUCAGUCCAGGGAGGGGUCCGUUUCAGAUGUAUUUCAGGAGCCUGGGGAGGGGUCAAGGGAGGGGUCAAUCACUGACCUCAUUCAGGAGCAGAACGCUGCCCCCCCCCAGACCUCCCAGCCCCGUGGCGGCGGCUCCCCCGUCCCCUCCAGCGAGCCCGUGGAGGAGGAGGAUGGAGCGGCGGGUGACGGAGCGGCGGGUGACGGAGCGGCGGGUGACGGGGCGUGUGCGGGUGACGGGGCGUGUGCGGGGCCGCCGGUCAAGAGCUACUGGAGCCGCCACUUCCUGGUGGACCUGCUAGCGGUGGCGGUGCCCGCGGUGCCCACGGCCGUGUGGUUGUGCCGGGCUGCUCCGCGCCGUGACGGGCAGCCGCUCUACCACCUGGGCUCGCUGCUGCGGGGCUGCUGCACGGUGGCCCUGAGCUCUCUGCGCCGCGGGGGCGGCCUGCGACACUACCCGGCCGGGGGAGGGGGCGGGGGGGGGACCCCCGGGGCGCAGAUCUGAGAUCAGCAGCGGGCGCCGCGGCAGAGACUGACUCCGCCUCCAUAGUCCUGCUCCUGAGACAGAUGGAGAGACAGAGAGCGAGAGACAGAGAGAGAUAGAGAGAGAGAGACAGAGAGAGAGAGAGAGAGAGAGAGAGAGAGAGAGAGAGAGAGAGAGAGAGAGAGAGAGAGAGAGAGAGAGAGAGAGAGAGAGAGAGAGAGGCUAUGGUGGCUGGCGUGGGACAAAGGAAUGGGAGUUAUGGAGGACAUCAUAAACACCAUCAAUACAAACAACCUCAUAGAACUCCUGCACGUCACCUUUUGUACUCUAACUCUGGCUCAGCAGGACUCAUUGGGAGACCGGUGUGUGUGUGUGUGUGUGUGUGUGUGUGUGUGUGUGUGUAUGGAAUGUGUUUGGCGCUGAAUGCAAACCGAAGGGAUGAAUGCAAAUGGACCUGAUUGACGCUGAUUGUAGCACAAUGGUGUCCUGCUAAACAGCCAGUCAGACACAAAAGUUGUUGAAUUAUACGUUUUCUGAAGUUCCUGCAAUUUGUCGCUGGGAUGUACUCAUCCUUUGUGUGUGUGUUUUUCUCUGUGUGUGUAUGUGUGUGUGUGUGUGUGUGUGUACCUGGCUGUCCUAAUUGUCCUCAGUGCUGUGGUUCGUUGAGUACACACUUCUCACAGCUGAGUAAGUGACUGCCCUUGGCCUGUCCGCCAUCUCCCGACCUUAAGGUGUCCAAGCUGCUGCAAUACUAUUUAUGCGCUUCGCUUCGCCUCUGCCAAUGGUGUCCUGUUAUUUCCCCUCGCUUUGCCUCCUUCAGAGAUUAACACACCUUGCACAGUAGACCAAAUCUAGAUGUUACACACUGUAUGGAAAACAAUUAUUCUCAUUAGUGGACUCUAUAGGGGGAGGUUGCUCAGACUACGAGUUGAUUUUCGUUUAAUGACAUUUAGUUUGCUUUCAGUGAAAGUCAAGUUGACAUGAAACGAUAACGUUUAGCCUAAAAGGCUGUAAUUGUUGACAGGGUUUCGGGUAAGUUGGGUAAUUUCGAUUGAGCAGAACAUGAUGGCUAUGAGGUAUGAGAAUGUUGCAAUCUACAGACGUCUCUGACUCAGAGCUUACAGAUGUGUGCCACUGCAGCUGCUAUGAGUAAUCGUCUCUAAGUGUUGUGUCUGUGUAUCUCAUGUAGUGAACCCAUAAUGAAGAUUGUUUGCCACAAAAAUGUACACGCAUCCUUUACGCUGUUUUCUGGCCAUUGAGUUGGAGAAUCCUAGUUUUUCGUGAGAUGUUUCUUGUCGUUAGUGAAUGUAGAUAUGGACAUUUUAAUUGCACUAGUGUUCACUUUAAGAGGUUGACAAUUACUUGAAUUUAAGAUUGUG